ACGACCAUCGUAUGCAUCCGUCCGUGCACGAGGUCGUUGGAAAACGCAAUGAUUUCAGACCCGAACAUCCUCGAGACCGGCGAGCAGGCCGCGAGGGCGUUGCACAGCAUCAGUGGCGAUGAGUGCUGCUUCCACGUAUGCUCCGAGGAUAAUAUAGAGGGUAUCUGCACCAACUGCAAGGAGCCGUGGAAACAUGGCAUGGUCCAGGACCCCGCGACGGCGCCCCAUUGCGAGAUGGGCCCCCCUCAAUCUGCAGGUCCGGGCUCGCAGGCGGGCCAACCGGAAACGUCCACCGACAGCGGCGACGACCAGGACACCAACACCACGACACCUUCGACCACCACCGUCGGCCAAAAGGACACGGCGUUCUGCGGCAGCGGUCGCAUCGGCUCGAUAUCGAGCGCGUCCUCGCCCGGCCGACCAAGCCCGCCGAUUGUCCUUCAACUUUUCUGGCUUUGUUCGAUCCUGAUCACCCUCCCUGCGAACGCGCUGCAGUACAACGCCGUGUCCUGGAGUCCCGCCGGAUUCCUCCGGCUGAUCGGUUCCGGCCUGCUCCUUUCGGGCGCGUUCGUCCUGAGGAGAGCCUUCAACGAUCUUCGCGUUUCCUUCGGUCCACGCUCGGCCGGCAUCUACCGGCUUGCCGUCGUGCGUUGCCUCGGGAUGCCCGGACGGGCGGUGAUGAAGUGCCGUCGUCGUGGAUGGUGGUGGUGGAGGUCCUGGAGGAGGUCCAGCAGCCGGCAUUUCCGCUGGAAAUUUCUUCGCCGCUUCGGCGUCGCGUCCCGACGGUCCGUCUUGCGCGUGUCGAUUGCUAUUCUCGAGCUGUUUCUUAAGUUCGUGGCGAAGUGUCGGUGUCGCGAUUGGUGGUGGUUGUGGCGUCGGUGGCGAAAGUGUGGAUCGACAGGCGAGCGGUACACGAAGCUUGUCCUGCGGAGGAAACAUCCGGCGACUCACGGGGCGGCACGUCGACGACGCGGGAGAAGAAGGGAUCUUUCCAGGAUUCUCAGGAUGGACGUCGAAAAGUCGGCCAAAUUGAUAUCCAGGAAGGACCCGCCAUAGGGUGGACACAGCUUCGCUUUCCUGGAUACGCAGGAUCGUACGGGUUUUCUUCUAUCGCGAGGUGUCCGCGAGAGCUUUGUCUCCACGGUGCCGGAGUACUCGAGAAGCGCGCAGACUCGAUCGAAGCGAAACUCGAUCGAGGACAGAUUGACGUAGCGAAACGUCUCGUCGGGCGAAAUACGGAGGAAGUAUACAAAGGAUCGGGGGAUGUCCCCGGGAUAUUGCACGGGUAGAAAGAACACCACCAGCACUGCGAGGAUAGUAAGGAAGUAGCAGGGUGCGAAAGGAUCCAAGGAUCACACAAGUGGAGGAGCGCAGGCCGGUCUCGUCGACGACUUCGGUUCCGCAGACUAGAGCAAAAGAGGGAGGAAAGGGAGAACAACAAAGAACAACUUCAUCAACCACAAAAACAAGAACAACCGAGAACGAAGGAAACGUAAUGUCUAGAGCUAUUAAUAAUGAUAAUAAUACAAUAAUAAUGAAUAAAACAAAAUAAAAUAAUAAAUAAUGAAUAAUA